CUGCAGAGUGCACUUCUGAACUCCACGCCCGCCACCCAGCUGGAAAGCGCGCCAGAUCCAGCCCGCGGGCCGACUCUCCGCGACCCCCAGGAUGCCAGAGGCCAGGAGCUCCUGCCAGGACCUCAUGAGAUGGAAGAAGAAGCAGCCGGUGCGCCGCACAGUCAGCCAGAUCUGCCCGCCCCCGCGGCGGCCCCUAACGGUGGCCGACAUCCGCCCGGGCAUGGAGAACGAUAGGCUGGGGGUCGUGAGGGAUUCCAUGUUUCAGAACCCUCUCAUCGUCAAGGCUGAACUUGGGAAGCCUCGGGAAAGAAGCUCCAGUCUACCUGGAAUUAAUUUUAAUUAUGGACUCUACAUCCAGGGGCUGGACGGAGGGGUCCCUGAAGCCAUUGGACACUGGAAUGUGUUUAAACAGCAGCCCACCUGCCCCCAUGAGCUGACCCGGAAUUAUAUCGUCAUGAACCGAGGAGCGGUGAAAGCUGGCUUGGUAACUGCCCGGGAGAAUUUCAACUACCAUCAGCUCAAAGACAUCCGCGUCAGUGACCAGGAUGACCGGCGCCUCAAGAGAGAACCACCCUCUCUCCCUCCAAAUAUGACGUUCGGGAUCCGGGCACGGCCUUCCACCCCUUUCUUUGAUCUGCUGCAGCAUCGGUACCAGCAGCUCUGGGUGCAGGAGCAGAAGGCCACCCAGAAAGCCAUUAAACUGGAGAAAAAGCAUAAGGUGAUCCUUGGGCCGCUGUAUGAGACCCGGAGCAGUCAGCUGCGGAAGUACAAACCCCCCGUGAGACUGGACGCCCUCUGGCACAUGCCUCACUUCCAGAAGGUGGGCCCCCACCUCGAUACCUUCCCCACCGAGGCGGACCGCCAGAGAGCCUUCAAAGCCCAUCGCGAAGAGUGUGCCGUGCGCCAGGGGACCCUGCGGAUGGGCAACUACACCCACCCCUAAAGCCUCUGGACACAGCAGAAGCUUCUCUGAAGGACCCAGCUUUCUUGUCCCCACUGCACAGAAGACCCGACACCCCCCCCCCCGCCCCUUGCUACACAGGCUCUGCCCGCAAGGACCUCAGAUGCAGGUCUUAGGUCAUCAUUUGGGUAAGAGCCCCUCCUUCUGAGUGAGCUGCCCUCCCUUCCCUUGGCCCCAGCGAUGCCCCACUUAGGGACUCCCCUCCCCCGCCAAGCCCCCCAAUCUCUCUCCUCAAGCCCUCACCUGAUCAGAGACACCCAAACUCGAGUUUAGAUUCCAGGCUAAGGGUUGGUGCUGAGGCUCUGCCCUCAAGUGUUAGGAGCAACCCACGUAUUUCCUGCAGAAAGCGUGGCAGGCGCAUGUGUUGAACGCCCUUAUUUUAUAUUCCAAAGGCAAAUUUUUUCUUUUGUGGGUGGGUGGCUGAUGUCUCUCCAGGGCUGUAUUAUCUCUCUAGGACCCCCGACAGCAAGAAGAGCCCACGCUCCCUAUGCAGACUGGCCCCACCUCCUCAGAGCUGAGUCUGGACCGGCUCUUCCACCAGCCCUGACCUUGGCAGGUCCCCCCGCCCCGCCCUGCCCCACCUCCGCAGUGGGCGGCUGAAAGCACAGGGGCCAAGGCACUUCUCACCUCAAUCUUUCCGCAGGUCCUUUGGCUUUUCCCACAAAUUAGAUACUGAUCUAUUUUAAAUUAAAAGUGCUAUUUGUCA